AUGCAAGCUUAUGAAAUGAUAAAUGGUGAUCAUUUAGAAUUAACAAUUUGGUCACAUGAAUAUUGGAAAAUUUUGGACCAUUUUAUUGCUACCAAAUUAUGGCCCGAAUGCAUCAAAUAUAAAUUAUGCGGUAUAGAGAUUACGGAAAGCCAAUAUUACGAUAAUAUUGAUGCGGUAUGUGAGCUUCAUUACGGUAGUCUAAUUCAUGACAGUACUGAAAUGUAUCUUAAUUGGGCAUCGAACGAUAUUCAGCAAUCAAAUUUGCCAUGUUCCAUCGAAUUUGAUGGCAAAUUGUAUUAUCAAAAAAAUUCAAUUAUCUAA